GACACCUGGCUAUAACGAGAUGGAAAGAAAUGAUGAGAACGGACAAUGGAUAUUGUAUUAUGAAAACCAGUGUUUAUUUUCUUCUCAUUCUUCAUCACAACGUUUACCUCCGGACAACAGUGGACAUCAGAACAAAGAUUCAGUUUGCCUCACUGUGACAGAUACAGUGACAGCAGACACACAAUUACCUGCCUUACGGCUGGAUUCAGGAGACUGUGAGAUGUUCUUAAUGGUGUGAUCCAAACACACAGACGAGUGCGCUCAUUAAUGAUGCUUGUAUUAGCUCGAUGACUCCCAGUGCUCCAGCCCUCCACAGGACUCAUGCUGACAGGCUUCUGCAGAUGUCCUCCGGAAAAGUACUCACAUUGAGACAGAAAAGAGACAGCAAACUACUCAGAGUGAGACUUUACAACAAUCACGUUAAAGACAAGGAGUGUAAAGACUCAUUCUGCCUUCAUUUUCAUGAGUUGAGUGUUCGCCGCACGCAGAGGUGGGCUCGCGCACGAGUGAGCGUCCUGCGCUCUGAUUGGCUCAUUCAGACACAAGUCGCUUUAACUGGCCGCAGAGCGCCGAGCUGUAAAAAAAGGAGGCGAACAGGAGUGUACGUUUCACUCAUAACAUCUGCCUCUGUUCAAGCGGGCUGGAGUCAAGACUGGAUCCCCAUAAGGGACACCUCGGAACACACUGGGACGUUUUCCUCUUCCCGAGGACCUCGUAACGGAGGCUGCCCCAUCAGACGAUCUGAACUUUUACAGAUGAGAAGAAAAGAGAUGCUCUGUCUACGUGAAUCGGGCGACUGCUUACGGGAGCAGAUGCAGUAUAUGAUGAGGUCACUGCAAGACCUGAAACAACUUCGGAAAACCUGCCCUUCAGCCAGACGUCCCCUCGCUCCCAUUAACGCCCAGCUCCCAGCUUUGGUGAGCCACUCUGCAGUGGCACGUGCUUGUCAGCAGCGAGCAUUACAACGAGAACAGCGAACGCGUCUGCGGAUGUCUGACGCGAGCACAGCCAGUACCUACGACUCUGCCUGCUGCCUGGCGAGUCCCCCCGAAGAGGAGGAGGACGACGAUUCUAGCAGCCGGGCCGGCCUGAGCCUCAGACUGGGCCUGGGCUCUCCCAGCAGUCAGAAAAGUCUAGAGUUUGAUUCAGGCUACUCCGAGGCGUCAUGGCAGGACGAAGGGGUGUUUCUCAGGAGGACGAGGAAUGUGCGGGUGUCAUCUUCAGCCUGCCUCCGCACAAACAGAGCGCCAAGUGGACGAAUUCGACCCAAAUCCACCUCUGACGCCUGUCUGGAGAGGUGGACAUCGUUUGAGGUCAGCGACCCAGAGGACUGGACAAACUCUUUACUGACCAGAGGACGCAAUCGGCAACCUCUGGUUCUGGGCGACAACAGCUUUGCAGACCUCAUACAGAACUGGAUGGACUUGCCAGACUGUCCUGAGCCUGCUGAGCUGAAGUCCAAUUCAAGGCGUAGACUAGGGAGAGGUUUCUUUGUCAACAUGAGGAAGAAACUGGCUGGUUUUUCUAGGAGUGUGGAGGACAGAGUGAAGAUGAGAUCCACAGACUCUGCUCAUGCUACCAGAGCUGCAAACGCCCCAAAACGUCUGUCCUGUCCAGUUGUAGCUUCGCAGACCAAAGUUCCUUUUUUCCAUCAAUCCCACGCUUGCAUUAAUGAGUUGGACACAGAUUUUUACCACUUUGCUGCGCUCAUGAAAUCAGGCAGCCGACAGCCCAUAAUUUGCAAAGAUAUCAUUGGAUACAUUUGACUUUUCAUGCAAAGCCAUGUAGAGACUGGACAAUCCUCAGAGUCACUUUAUUUUUAUAUGACUGUCUUUUUAAUAUGCUGUGAUUAAGCUAAUGGAAAAUAAAGAUGUUCUCAUAAUUUAAA